AUGUUCCACGUGUCUGCGCUUGUUACCAUCGUUUUCGUGAGUGCUUCGCCACCAGCAGCCUGUCUGAACCUGUUAUGCCUUUCAACCGCCUCUGCAUCACUGCAUCGCUACGUCACCACCACACCGCCACAUCACCAGAUCUCCUUGCACUUUCUUGCAACCAAUGGCGAUGCUCUCCGCGCAGCGCCAGCUACUGCCGUUCCUGCCACCCUGCAUAAGACCUCCAGAGGGUUGCAACUUGCUGCGUCAGUGACAGCAGAUGCUCUCCUCGUCAUCAUCCCCUCUCUCCUCACCCUCACGGUCUUAAAGGACCACCUUACAAUCACAUUCAUUCUCCUCGCAGCCAUUCUUACAACAACAGCAACUUUGGCCACCCUCAAUACCACAGGUCCUUACCUGCUCAACAGCUCCUCGUGGCCCCUCUCCCCACCAUCCGUCACCGAUUCGGUCAUCACCUUCAGAGCACUCCUGAUGCUGCUGACGUGCACGGCCAUUCUAGCCGUAGACUUUGACAUCUUCCCUCGGAAUUAUGCCAAGACUGAGCGAUACGGCACCUCCCUGAUGGAUCUAGGAGUGGGCAUGUUUGUCAUUGCCAACACAGCCUCUCAAUUCGGAUCAUCUAGGAUCAGGACAGCCGGAGCAAGAAAGACGCAUGUAUCCAUCCAACGAUUCUCCCGCAAGCUGCUGCCUCUGCUAGUGCUUGCCAUUGGACGGCUGCUGCUGACCAAAGUCACCAACUACCAGGAGCACAGCAGCGAGUACGGCGUGCACUGGAACUUCUUCUUCACUCUCGCUGCCGUGCUCUCCCUCGCGCGCCUCUUCCCCACGCCCAUCCGCCACCACCCCUCGCAACUGCCCCCGGGUUUCUUCCGUAGCCUCACUCCGCCCGUGCUGCUUCUCAUUGGGUACCAGGCAUGGCUGUCGUGCAUGGGAGGCAGCGAGUGGGUGCUGUCAGAUGACAGGGAAGCCACGUCCCUUAUCUCGCUCAAUAAGGAGGGCAUCUGUAGCACAGUAGGAUACCUGAGUCUCUACCUCAUCUCUCUUCAUUUUGGCACGUUUCUCAACUCAUCCUACUCUGCCAUCCGCUCGGCGCACGGUCCUCUCUUCGCCAUUGUCAAUCAGCUGCUGCCCCUUGACCUCUUCCUCUGCCGUAUUCCCUCCUCUCUUUCCCCUUAUCCUCUCCUUCCCCCCUGUCCCCUGCUACCCCCGGUCCUCUCCCUCCCCACUACCGUCCUCCUCUCCCCCCACCCUCUUGUCUCUCUCCCAGGCUAUUCUCAUCGGGGAGCUCACCUGUCGCUCUCCCUCGCUUGUCUUCCGAGCCAUUGCUCGCUUCAUGCUCCCCACCUUUCUAAUGGCGAAUGUCGGUUCUCCGCUUUUGAAAAGGCUCAUCGCCUGGAUCCCACGUGCAAGGGACGUGGAGUUCGCCAGUUUAAGACAGCGCUGCUCGAGCGGCUAGAGAGGGACAACCCGAUAACUCUGGAGAAGCGACAACGCAGCAGCGAUGCUCGAGAAAUCGCGUCCUUCUACCAGCAGUACUAUCAGAACUAUGUCAAGGCCAUGGAUGACGCAGAGAAUGUCGACCGAGCGGAGCUCGCUCGCGCGUACCAGACUGCAGGCGUGCUGUUCGAGGUUCUCUGCGCCAUCAACCAGACCGAGAAGUCGGAGCUCGCGCCGGAGGUUAUGGAGGCGGGUCAGCGAGUGGUGGAGCGCAAAGCGGAGUACGUGGCGUUCAACAUUCUGCCUCUAGACCCCUCCAGUGCCAAGCAGCCCAUCAUGCAGCUACCGGAGGUGGUGGCGGCUAUGGGGGGAGUGACGAACGUGAGCGGGCUUCCCAUUCUGUGGGAGGUGCCGCCGGGGCAGAAGCUGAAGCAGUUCGACUCGCUUGAUUGGCUGCGAUUUGUCUUUGCUUUCCAGAAAGACAACGUUCGCAAUCAGCGUGAGCAUUUGGUGCUGCUGCUGGCAAACGCGCAUAUCAGCCUAAAGAGCCCCCGGCCAGAACCUCUCGAGGAGUUGGACAACCGAGCAGUGGAGAAGGUACUGGAGGGGUUGAUCAAGAACUACCGCAGCUGGUGCCGCUACAUCAAGUGCAAGAGCAACGUCAUCAUGGAUCCUGGGCUGACCCCCAUCCAGCAGCAGCAGAGGAAGGUGCUGUUCACGGCGCUGUUCCUGCUCGUGUGGGGCGAAGCAGCUAACCUACGCUUCAUGCCCGAAUGCCUCUGCUAUAUCUACCAUAACAUGGCAGCGGAGCUGCUAGCAGUGCUGCGAGGCAAGGGCCCUGAGGCCAAGCAACGCCUGCCCGCGUACGGACGCGAGGCGGAGGGAUUUCUCCGCUACGUCGUCACGCCUGUGUAUGACGUGGCGUCGAAGGAGGCCCAGGCGGCCGUGGGAGGCGCGGCGCACUCGUCAUGGCGGAAUUACGAUGACCUGAACGAGUUUUUCUGGUCCAAGAACUGCUUCGAGCUGGGAUGGCCGUGGAACGCCAGCUCGCCCUUCUUUGCGGGGCCAGCACCCAACCUGCAUGCGGGAAGCUUCAAGGGAGCUGUGAACUGCUGCCCACUGCCAGGGAGCGAGCGCAUGGGGAAGGAGGGGUUUGUGGAGCACCGCACUUGCCUGCACCUGUUCCGAGACUUUGAUCGCAUGUGGGCCUUCUUCAUCUGCUGCCUUCAGGCGAUGAUCAUUAUGGCGUGGAACCCCCCCUGGUACAGCACGUUCACGAGCAUUGACAAGUUCCGCAAGGUCACCAGCAUCUUCAUCACGCUCGCAGGCAUCUACUUCCUCAAAUCUCUAACGGACGUGUUCCUCAGCAUCGGCCUGUACCGCACACAACCCUGGACAUCCUCCCUCCGCCUGCUGCUCAAGGCGAUCUGGUUCGCGGGGUGGUUCGUGGUGCUUGCGAUCUCCUACUCCAUGGCCGUGACGGACGCGACGGGGAUAGUGUCAACGGUGCAGGGGUGGAUAGGCGUGACCGGCAGUCCGAACGUGUACUUUGCGGUGUGCGUGCUGUACCUGGUGCCGUACGUGCUCGCGCUGGGGCUCUGGAUCAUGCCCUGCAUCCACCGGAGGGGCACGGUGAUGGUGGGGGGAAUGGAUGAGGGCCAAGGCAUGUGUUGGAUGCCAGCGGAGUACGUUGGGCGGGGCAUGCAGGAGUCACAGGUCACGAUUCUCAACUAUACGUUGUUCUGGGUGGUGCUGAUAGCGGCGAAGCUGGUGUUCAGCUUCAAGUUCCAGAUCGAGCCACUGGUGGCGCCGACAGAUCAGAUCAUGGCUACCACCAACGUGGUGUACUCAUGGCACAAGCUCAUCCCCACAGACCUCAACAUCUUCGCUGUCAUCACGCUCUGGGCUCCAAUCAUCCUGGUAUAUUUCAUGGACACGCAGAUCUGGUAUGCUGUCAUGUCAACGCUCCUGGGAGGCAUAACCGGCGCGUUCCAGCGCCUGGGAGAGAUCCGCAACCUGAAGAUGCUGCGUCAGCGGUUCCGCUCGCUGCCUGGUGCGUUCAACGCGAACCUGGUGCCAGCGCAGCGCCUGCAGCGCAGUGCCUUCUCACUCGCCCGCACGUACCGUGAGCCUGACAAGAACACCAAGGAGGCUGCGCGCUUUGCACAGCUGUGGAACGAAGUCAUUGUCAGCUUCAGGGAGGAGGAUUUGAUCAGCAACAGGGAGAUGGAUCUCAUGAUGGUGCCUUACUCCUCUGGCGAUCUCUCCAUCGUGCAAUGGCCGCCCUUCCUCCUCGCCAGCAAGGUACCGCGAGCAGUGGAGAUGGCAGUGAAGGGCGCCAAGGGGCGCGACAGCGAUGUGUGGCACCGCAUCUCCGCAGACUCGUACAUGCGCUUUGCGGUCGAAGAGGCCUUUGCCACGCUGCAGCACAUCCUGACCACCCUGCUCAUAGGGGAGAACGAGAAAUUUGUGGUGAACGGGCUGCUCAAGGAGGUGAAGCGCAACAUAGACAACGGCACGCUCUUCACUGUGCUGCGCAUGAAGGCCCUCCCUGCCUUCAUCACCAGUGUCGUGGAGCUGGUGCAGCUGCUGGCUGAUAUUGCCGAGGCAGAUGGGGUUAAGAAGACUGCCGGCCGCCCCGCCACACCGGGGUCGGCGGGAACUGGCAAAGCACGCACAGUCCAGCUCUUUGCUGCUGCUGGAGGGGCAAAGAACCAGGGAGCGGGGAGAGUGGGGGUGCUGUAUCCGCCCCCUAAAACCCCGGCUUGGUGCGAGCAAGUGAAGCGGUUUCUCCUGCUGUUGACGUGCAGGGAAGCAGCAAUGGACGUCCCCACGAACCCUGAGGCGCGCAGGAGGAUCUGUUUCUUCACAAACUCGCUGUUCAUGGACAUGCCGCAUGCGCCGCGCGUGCGGUUCAUGCCGUCGUUCAGCGUGCUGACGCCGUACUACUCGGAGGAUGUGAUGUAUGGAGCGAGGCAGCUGAACGAGGAGAAUGAGGACGGCGUGUCGAUCUUGUUCUACCUGCAGAAGAUCUACCCGGAGGAGUGGAGCAACUUCUUGGAGCGCAUGGGGUGCGAGUCAGAGGAGGAGUUGGUGGCGAGGGAGAAUGGCGACCGGGAGCUGAGGGCGUGGGCCUCCAACCGCGGGCAGACGCUGUGGCGCACAGUGCGUGGCAUGAUGUACUACAAACGGGCCAUGGAGCUACAGGCGUUCCUCGACAUCUCCACAGACCAAGAGUUCUCGGCUGGUUACCGCGCACUGAAGCAGGCAGCUCGCAAGGGAGACGUCAGCAGCAGGGCGACGUGGAAGCAAAUCGAGGCAGUGACAGAUCUCAAGUUCACCUACGUUGUCGCCUGCCAGCUGUACGGGCAGCAGAAACAAGCGGGCGACCAGCGAGCAGUAGACAUUUUCGAGCUUAUGAAAACCCACGAUGCCCUGCGAGUGGCAUACAUCGACGAAGUGGAGGUGGAGGAGAAGGGGCGCGUGUGCAAGGAGUACUUCUCCGUCCUGGUCAAGGUCUCCCGGGGCGUGGAGCAGGAGAUUUACCGCGUGCGCCUGCCAGGGCAGGCGAAGCUGGGCGAGGGCAAGCCGGAGAACCAGAACGCUGCUAUCAUCUUCACCAGAGGAGAGGCGCUGCAGGCUAUCGACAUGAACCAGGAUAACUACCUGGAAGAGGCGUUCAAAAUGCGGAAUCUGCUGCAGGAGUUUGGGGGCGGGGAAGGGGUGCUGUCGAAGUGCAUGGGAUCUCGGCCGCCCACGAUUCUGGGGGUGCGGGAGCAUAUUUUCACGGGCUCGGUGUCUUCGCUGGGGUGGUUCAUGUCGUGCCAGGAGAGCAGCUUCGUGACGAUCGGACAGAGGAUCCUUGCAUGGCCUCUCAAAGUGCGCUUCCACUACGGCCAUCCAGACGUGUUCGACCGGCUCUUCCACAUCACUCGCGGCGGCGUGAGCAAGGCAUCGCGCGGCAUCAACCUGAGCGAGGACAUCUACGCAGGCAUCAACAGCACGCUGCGCCGCGGAGCAGUCACGCACCAUGAGUACAUCCAAGUGGGGAAGGGGCGAGAUGUCGGCCUGAAUCAGAUCUCGCUGUUUGAGGCCAAGGUGGCGAAUGGGAACGGCGAGCAGGCGCUGAGUCGGGAUAUCUACCGCGUGGGUUCGCGGUUUGACUUCAUGCGCUCGCUCUCGGCGUAUUUCACGACCGUGGGGUUCUAUGUCAGCUCUGUGAUCGUGGUGCUGACGGUCUAUGCCUUCCUGUACGGCCGUGUGUACCUGUCACUGAGCGGCGUGGGCAGAUCCCUAAUGAACAACGCCAACAUCUCCGGAUCCGACUCGCUCCAGUCAGCCCUCUCCUCGCAAGCCCUCGUGCAGCUUGGUCUGCUCAUGGCUCUCCCAAUGCUCAUGGAAAUGGGGCUAGAGAGGGGGUUCCGCACCGCAAUGGUGGAUUUUAUCCUCAUGCAGCUGCAGCUCGCGUCCGUGUUCUUCACGUUCUCGCUCGGGACCAAGGCGCAUUUCUUUGUGCGGACGAUCAUGCACGGGGGGGCCAAGUACCGGCCGACAGGGCGCGGGUUUGUGGUGCGGCACGAUAAGUUUGCGGAGAACUACCGGCUGUUUGCACGGUCGCAUUUCACGGUCGCGCUCGAGUUCCUCCUGAUGCUGAUUGUGAUUGCGAUUUAUGGAGAGAGCACGAGCUCGAGCAACGGGUUGAGUUACUUCCUGGUGACAUUCUCCAUGUGGUUCCUCUGCCUCUCGUGGCUGUUUGCGCCGUUUGUGUUCAACCCGUCGGCGUUUGAGUGGCAGAAGGUGGUGGAGGAUUGGGAGGAUUGGAACAGGUGGAUCGGGGCUUAUGGGGGGAUUGGAGUGAAGGGGGACAGGAGCUGGGAGUCGUGGUGGGAGGAGGAGCAGGAGCAUCUGGUGCACACGGGGUGGGUGGGGCGGCUGGUGGAGGUGGUGCUGUCACUGCGCUUUCUCAUCUACCAGUAUGGCAUCGUGUACACUCUGGAUGUCAAUAAUGGAAGCACCAGCCUGCUGAUCUAUGGCAUAUCGUGGCUGGUUGUGCUUGGGCUUCUGAUCGUUUUCAAGGUCGUGUCGAUGAGCAGCAGGCGCUUUGGGGCAGACCUGCAGCUGCUGUUCCGCAUCAUCAAGGCAGUCACCUUCUGCUGCCUCGUCAUUGCACUCGCGCUCAUCAUUGGCCUCACCUCCUUCACCUGGGGAGACCUCUUCGCCUGCAUUCUUGCUGCCAUCCCCACUGGCUGGUUCAUGCUCCAGGUCGCACAGGCAAUUCGUCCCAUCAUCCCCAGCAGCAUGUGGGACUCGGUGAAGGGCCUGGCGGUACUGUAUGAGUACCUGUUUGGGCUCAUCCUCUUCAUCCCCAUCGCCGUCCUCGCCUGGUUCCCCUUCGUUUCGGAGUUCCAGACGCGCCUGCUCUUCAACCAGGCGUUCAGCAGGGGGCUGCAGAUCUCUCGCAUUCUUGCGGGGAAGAAGAAGGCUUGA